AUGAAUCCUGAAGCCUCUCAAGGAAAUGUCGCCGGAGAUGGAACAACUCCAACUCCGGUCAGCCAGAUCCAUACUAAUCAGAGCCCUGUUCAUCGGAUUGAAGAGUUUGAUGACCCGAUGUACCUUCAUAUCACGGAAAAUCCGAAUUUGGUAUUGGUCUCACCACCGUUGUCUGAGCACAACUAUGCUUCAUGGAGCAGGUCCAUGAAGAUAGCCCUAGGAGUGAAGAACAAGUUCGGAUUCGUGAAUGGAGCUGUUACGAGACCUAAUGCAGCAGAUCCUAAGUAUCCUGUUUGGAGAAGGUGUAAUGACAUUGUAUGCUCUUGGAUUCUGAAGUCCUUGAACACAACAAUCGCAGAGAGUGUUUUGUAUUUUGAGUUUGCAGAAGAUAUCUGGAAUGCACUCAUGAAACGAUACUCUCAAGCUGAUUCACACAAGAUUGCAGAAAUUCAGAAUGAGAUAUUUAGAAAUCUGCAAGGUAGUAUGUCUAUUAAUGAAUACUUCACUAGAUCUAAUGCCUUAUGGGAGCAAUUGAAUGUUAUGAGGCCCUUGCCAAUAUGUGAGUGUGUGCCUAGGUGUUCGUGCACUCUUAUGAAUAAGAUCCAGAAAGAAAUACAAGAUGAUCAGGUCAUCAGAUUCCUUGAAGGCCUCAAUGAAGAAUUUGAAACUAUAAAAUCUGGAGUGCUUGUGAUGGAUCCAGUUCCUCCUAUUGAAAAGGUCCUAAAUAUGGCUCUAAAACUGGAAAGGAAGCUCAACAGUUCUAUCAACUACAAGAACAAUGAGGUUGUCCAAUCCAAUGCUAUUCAGGGUGAUCCAAAUCACUAUGUUGAUGAACAAAGUGCUGUAGCUAUGGUGACUGGAAAUAACAAGAGAAGAUUCAACACUAAUGGAGGGAAGAGUGUGCCAAAGUGCACAUAA